AUGGCUACUGUGGCCAUGAACACCCUCCCUGAAAAAGGAUGCCAUCUAAAUGUCAGUCUUCAGAUGUCCUGCCACAAAACCUGACUGCUGGAACCAUGAUGUGGGACUCGAACCUCUCCAAAUCCUCACAGGACAGCACGGGCAAGAGCGCCAGCUGUGGCACUGUGUCCGUGUUUUUCCCCAUCACUAUGAUGGUCACUGGAAUGGUCGGAAACUCUCUCGCGAUGCUGCUAGUUUAUAUCGCAUACAGAAAAAAGGAAAAUAAAAGGAAGAAAUCGUUUCUCCUUUGCAUCGGCUCGUUGGCGUUAACUGAUCUUUUCGGCCAACUGCUCACAAGCCCGAUUGUCAUUUCGGUGUACAGAGCAGAUCUGAAAUGGAAACGCGUGGACCCUUCGGGAACUCUGUGCGCUUUCUUUGGGGUGUGCAUGACCACUUUUGGCUUGUGUCCUCUCUUUUUAGCCAGUGCCAUGGCCAUUGAGAGGACUUUGGCCAUCACUGCUCCUCACUGGUACUCACACUACAUGAAAACCAACGUGACCAAGCAGGUUCUGGUCUUCAUCUGGUGCCUGGUUUUGCUGUUUGCCUUAUUGCCCAUCGCUGGGGUUGGAAAGUACACUUUGCAGUGGCCAGGGACUUGGUGCUUCAUAAGUACAGGUGACAAGAACGUAACGGGAAAUACGUUUUUUGCCACGACCUUUGCAGCAUUAGGGAUAUUUUCUUUGCUGGUCACGUUGUCGUGUAACGUUGUGACCAUCCGUGCUUUGGUUAUACGUUGCAAAACGAAGGCAACCUCAACCCAGUCAUCCAAGCAAUGGGAGAGGUUAACAACAGAGACUGUUAUUCAGUUGAUGGGCAUUAUGUGUGUGCUGUUGACAUGCUGGUCACCUCUACUGAUCCUUAUGUUGAAGAUGAUCUCUACCCACACAUCCUCGCAUCAAUGCAAUUCUGCUGCUGUAUCUCUCUCACCCCAGGACUUACAAAUGGACUGUAACUUCUUUCUCACUGCCAUACGUCUGGCCUCGCUCAAUCAGAUUCUAGAUCCAUGGGUUUACCUGCUUCUGAGAGAGAUUCUCCUGAGGAAGUUCUGCCAGGUGGCCAGCGCAGUAUCCAAGUGCUCACUGAACGGACAGAAGGAAACGCAAUGUCCUCUAGACGUUCUAGAUAAAAAGGCCAUUCAGAAUGAUAAUGUUCACAAACAGUCCACGAACAUGGAGAACAGUAACUUGAAUGGGGGAAAUGAGGAACAGUGACUUGAUAGUGGUUUAAAAACUGAAUAAUUUUCCAAUGACCCACUAUUAGAAUAAUACUGAUCUGGACAGUUUCCAGAUGUAUUUGUGGAUUAUUGUAUUGAUAUAGUGUGAUGUCAGCAUGCUACCACUCGUGUCGCUGUCACAGUCAACACAUUGAAAGAGAUUUUAUUCAUGGAUACUCAG